AUGCUUCAGGGUAUCAUCGUACUCAACUACCCGGAUUAUUCGUAUCAGAGAUGGCAUGGGACGAUGCUGUACUGGGCCUUUCUUGGACUUGCAACACUUGUUAAUGUCUUCGCCAUCAAGAGCUUGCCUUGGGUGUUGCAUGCAACUUUCUUGCUCCAUGUUGUACUCUGGCUUGUGUUAGUCGUAGUUAUCUGCGUCAUCUCGCCCACUAAACAUACCGCCGAAUUCGUUUUCACCACUUACGUCAACGAGUCGGGUUGGAGCAGUGACGGUGUAGCCUUCAGCAUAGGCCUUCUGAGUAGCACGUAUGUGCUUGCUGGAUACGAUAGCGCGACCCAUCUCACCGAAGAAAUCAAAGACCCAGAGCGCAACGUCCCACGAGCUAUGCUAGCAUCAAUCAUCAUCAACGGCGCGAUAGGAUUUGGAUGGCUCCUCGUCAUCUUAUUCUGUAUGGGCGACAUCACCGAAGCGAUGGAGACAACGACCGGAUACCCAAUCAUCGAGAUAUUCUUCCAGAUAAGCCGUAGCAAUGCAGCGGCUUCUGCCAUGACCUGCGCCCUCAUCGUCAUGGCAGCUCUGGCAACGGUACCUCUUGUUCUGACCGCAUCUCGAAUGCUGUGGUCUUUUGCCCAGGACGCCGGACUGCCUUACUCGAAGACACUUAGCAGGGUUAACGAGAGACACCACGUUCCCUUACCAGCGAUAGCAGUGACCAGUGUAUUUCUUAUCUUGAUUGGUCUGCUAAACAUCGGAUCCACUACCGCCUUCAACGCCAUCGUCUCUUUGGGUACCGUCGCCCUAUACAUCUCAUACCUGAUGCCCAUAGUGCUCAUAUUUUAUCGACGGAUAGCUCGCCCAAGCUCACUUUUGUAUGGUCCUUUCCGGCUUGGGAAGCUUGGUAUUGCCAUCAAUCUUGUUUCUAUUUUUUAUACUGUUUAUGUAUCCAUAUUCCUUCUCUUCCCACCAUACCAACCCGUUACGGCUCAGAAUAUGAACUACGCCCCGGUCGUGCUGGGAGGCGUUCUCAUACUGAGCGCUGUGUGGUGGUUCAUAAAAGGAAAGAAUGAGUUCGUCGGGCCGGUCAUGGAUACGAUAGAAGGUCGACCUGCGCUGAGUGGUGCUCAAAGAGACGUAUAG